AUGGACGUCAGAUGUCCAGGUUGUUUGAACAUCACCACUGUCUUCUCGCAUGCCCAGACUGCCGUCACCUGUGACUCCUGCACAACUGUUCUCUGCUCCCCAACCGGUGGUAAGGCCAAGUUGUCUGAGGGUUGUGCCUUCAGAAAGAAGUAA